ACGAAUUGGACUUCCUGCUUGAUUGCAUGUUGGGCGAGCAUUUGCAGUUGUAGCCGGUGGCUUCUUGCCCAGGGCACUCGUGAGGCGCCCCUGAUCAGAAUUGGAAACCUACUCAUAGGGAGUUCCCGGUUGCUUUCGCUCUUGCAAAGAUGAACAGCGAGAAGAAGGGCGAGCUGUCUGAGCUGAAGGCCAGCCUGCGGCAAUUCGCCGGCAGUAGGGCUCCCGGAUCAACGGAAGCGAAACGGGAGCUGUUCAAGAAAGUGAUUUCAUAUAUGACAAUAGGCAUAGAUGUGUCUGGUCUCUUCACAGAGAUGAUCAUGGGGAGCGGAGCUACGUCCGACCUGGUCCUCAAGAAGAUGUGCUACUUGUACUUAUGUAGCUAUGCCGCGUCGAACUCGGAGCUGGCGCUGCUGACCAUCAACUUUCUGCAGAAGGAUUGUCAGGACGAAGAUCCUAUGAUUCGGGGUCUCGCCCUGCGGAGCCUGUGCUCGCUGCGUGUCAAAAACCUGGUGGAAUAUCUACUGGGCCCCCUGAAGACCGCCAUCCGAGACAGCAACCCGUACGUGCGGACUAUGGCCGCAAUGGGAAUCCUGAAGCUGUACUACCUCGCCCCAGCCUCGUGCAACGAGGGAGAGUUCGUGCCGGCGUUGAAGCGGCUGCUCAUGAACGACCCUGACCCCCAGGUUGUCGCGAAUGCAGUCUGCGCGCUCCAAGAAAUCUUUGACAAGGAGGCGGAGAGUGGCUCAGGUCCCAACGUGAAUGGGAAGGAUUGGCUGCUGAGCAAGGAAGUGAUCUACACGCUCCUCAACCGGAUCCGCGACUUCAGCGAGUGGGCGCAGUGCAUCAUCCUCGCACUGGCCGCCGAGUAUGUGCCACAGGAACCAGACGAGAUCUUCGAUAUCAUGAACCUGCUAGAGGACCGGUUGCAGCACGCCAACAGCGCCGUUGUGCUGGCCACCACCAAGGUCUUCCUCCACCUCACCAUGUCCAUGGCAGACGUCCACCAACAGGUAUAUGAGCGCAUCAAGGCGCCUCUGCUGACGCUCAUCAGCACUGGCAGCCCCGAGCUGGCAUAUGCCGUGCUGAGUCACCUACAUUUACUGGUGACACGUGCCCCGAUGCUGUUCGCCGCGGACUACAAGCACUUUUACUGCCGCUUCAGCGACCCGUCGUACGUCAAGAAGCUCAAGCUGGAGAUGCUGACGGCGGUGGCUAACGAGGCCAACACCUAUGACAUUGUGACUGAGCUGAGCGAGUACGCUGCGAACGUGGACGUGGUGAUUGCUCGCGAGAGCGUGCGUGCGGUGGGCCAGAUCGCGCUGCAGAGCUACGACGUGAACGGCAUCGUGGACCGCCUGCUGCAGUUCCUCGACAUGGACACGGACUACAUCACGGCAGAGACGCUGGUCCUGGUCAAGGACCUGCUGCGCAAGUACCCUGAGUGGGCCGAGUCGUGCGUGGCGGUCAUCGGCGGCGUCUCACACACGGCCGUCUCGGAGCAGCCCGCAAAAGCCGCGCUCGUGUGGAUGCUUGGCGAGUACGGCCAAGACGUGCCCGACGCACCAUACGUUUUGGAGUCGAUCGUCGAGAACUGGGCGGAGGAGGAGAGCGAGACGGUGCGGCUGGAGAUCCUAACGGCGGUCGCGAAGCUGUUCUUCAAGCGGGCACUGGAGUGCCAUCGGCUAUUGGGGCGGGUGUUGAAGCUGGGAACGGAGGAUGGAAACCAGGACGUGCACGACCGCGCGCUGCUGUACUACCGGCUGCUCCAGCAGGGCGCUGACGUGGCGCAGAAGGUGAUCAACCCAGAGAAGCGCGCGGUGAACGAGUUCGCCGAGACGCAGAGCAGCGAGGCCAAGGACCGCAUCUUCGACGAAUUCAACACGCUCUCCGUCGUCUACCGGCAGCCGUCCUUCCAGUUCAUGGCCAAGGAGCAGCCUAAGGCGGGCGCCUCCAGUGAGGAAGACCCCGCGACUCCAACGGGCGUCCUCCAAGGGGGGGGCGACUUUGCGCACCAAGAGCUGCUCUCGGGGGCCGAGAAAGAAGAGGUUGCGGCGCCGCCCCCCACGGCAUCCAACGGCGCCGAGACGUAUAGCGCCCCGAACGUGCUCGACAUCAUGUCCGGCCCGCCGGCGAACGGGAACGCGGCGUCCGUUUCCGGCGACCCGUUCGCGACGUCGACAGGCGCGCCGGUCGCCGACAACGCGCCCAGUAGCUCUGGUGGCGGCGCCGGGGGGCUGGACGAUUUGCUUGGUGGGUUCGGGGGCCAGUCGACCAGCCAACCGCAGCCCCCCCCGCCGGCACCGGCGCUGCAGUUGGUCCCCCGGCCGACGCUCGACGCGGGGACGUUUCAGCGGAAGUGGGGGCAGUUGCCGGUCGGGCAGGCCGUCGAGGAUUCGUUCGCGCCCGCGGCGCUCGCGAAGCUGACGACGCCGCAGGCGCUGUUGCGGCAUAUGGCGAGCAACAGCAUCGCGUGCAUGGCGUCCGGCGGGAACGCUCCGACGUUCCGCUUCUUCUUCUACGCGCAGAACGCGGAUGCGAGCGGGUUCUUCCUGGUCGAGUUAAUAGUGAACACCGCGAAGGGGACGGCGAGCACGAAGGUCAAGGCGGAGCAGGCGCACUUAGUGGAGCCGUUUGUGCAGAUGUACAGAACUGCCUUGCAGAGUUUUUGAGGCACCAGAUAUUGUGGGGCUUUAUACAAGUCUGGGUCCGGACGUCACCAAAGCACAUAAAUAGUCUUAUAAAUUGUUCUGGGGCUGCCUUCC